UAUAAAAAAUUAUAUACAAGAUGUUGUUUGCAAAUAUGACGACAAGGAAUUCAAAACUCAUUUCCGCAUUUCGCGGAGCCUUUUUAAUUCUUUGGCUAUAAAAUUUCAAAAUAGUACCGACUUUAUUGCACUGCGAGUAAGUGAGCUGAACAUUUCUUCAGAAGCUCACGUUGCUGUUUUUUUAUGGUUUGCUGGUCACGAAGCAUGUUGUUUUAGAGAUUUAUCAGAUCGCUUUAAUCUCUCUUUAUCGUCAGUAAACUGAGUUAUAAGAAGGAUGAUAACUUUCUUUAGCAACAUGUGUCCGGAUAUAAUUGCAUGGCCUAGCACAUCAAAAAAGGAAGAAGCAAGUACAUUUUUCCAAAGCUUAUGCAAUUUUCCAUAAGUUAUAGGUAAGGAUUUAUGUGCAUAUUAACGCUGCAUAUAUAUUAAUACAUGUUACUUUGCAGGUUGCCUAGAUGGCACUCGUAUAACUAUUGAUCCUCCUGGAGAUCGUAAGGUCGACUACAUUGACAGAAAAGGAAAUAUUUCAUUAUGCUUGCAAGCCAUCUGUGAUGAAAACAGAAAAUUUAUUAGCAUAUUUGUCGGACAUCCAGGCUCCUGUCAUGACAGUUGGGUCUUACAAAACUCUCCUAUUUAUAUGCGACUACCAUCGAAGUGUGGAGAAUACUAUCUACUGGCUGAUUCCGCAUACCCCUGUACACAACACAUCAUUACGCCAUAUAAAGACAACGGGCGUCUUACUCGUGCACAAAAGAAUUUCAAUAGAAAAUUGGGGUUAGGUCGAAUACUAAUAGAAAAUGCUUUUGGUAUUUUAAAACAACGUAUUAGACAGCUGUACUACUGUAAAUUAAAAGGAGUUGAAAAACCGUGUCACUUUAUAAGAGCAUGUUGCGUUUUGCACAAUCUUGCAAAUGAAAACGAUUUAGAAUUCACAUUUUCAGAACAAUCUGAGGAAGAUAAUGAUGUCAACAACGACAUCCCUUUUAGAUCAAAUAUCGUUAGAGAUUCGAUUUGGAAUGAAUUACAAACAGAAAAUAACUUGGAUUAA